CCUCCUGUCUCCUCCCCCUCCCCACUCGCAACUCACAAGCUGAGCAGCAGCCAAGAAACCUCAAGCCUGCCACUCACCCCACCUCCCCCAAGAAACCAAGAUUUCCCUAGUGCGAUGCUGUGAUUCUCGUGGAAAUUGGAUAGUUAUGACGCCGCCACAGGAGCGGGACUACAUGGGGCUAUCGCCGGCGGCGGCGGUGGCGGCCACGGAGCUGCGCCUGGGGCUGCCGGGCACGGAGGAGGCGGAGGGAGGUGAAGCGGCGGCGGGGGCGCCGCUGACGCUGGACCUUCUGCCCAAGGGCGGGGCCAAGCGCGGGUUCGCGGACGCCAUCGUGGGGGGAACCGCCGGGCAGCGGCGGGAGGCGGCGGCGCGGAGCAAGGAGGAGGAGGAGGAGGAGGAAGAGGAGGAGAAGAAGGCGCAGGCGCCGGCCGCAAAGGCACAGGUGGUAGGAUGGCCACCAAUCCGCAGUUACCGUAAGAACACCAUGGCAAUGAACACGCCUACUCCCAAAAGCAAAAACGAUGCUGAGGCAAAGCAGGCACCAGCGCAGGGGUGCUUCUAUGUCAAGGUUAGCAUGGAUGGUGCGCCAUACCUCAGGAAGGUGGACCUUAAGAUGUACAAGAACUACAAGGAGCUCUCACUGGCGCUGGAGAAGAUGUUCAGCUGCUUUACCGUUGGCCAUAGUGAAUCUAAUGGAAAAUCAGGAAGAGAAGGACUAUCUGAUUGCCGACUAAUGGAUCUUAAAAAUGGGACUGAACUUCUGCUCACUUAUGAGGACAAGGAUGGGGAUUGGAUGCUUGUCGGUGAUGUCCCAUGGAGAAUGUUCACGGGCAGCUGUAGGAGGCUCAGGAUCAUGAAGGGUCCAGAUGCAGUGGGCCUUGGUAAGUACAGCUCCUAGGGCCACUGAGAAGAGCAAGAAUCGUAACUAGGAAAAGGAUGAACAUGAUCCCUGCUCCCUGCAAUCACAUCACACUCUUACUUGUAAGGCCCCAUUUUCAAAACCACAAGGUUAAUGGACUUAAGAUGUGAGAAAGGGUUUACUUAUAUCAAUCUGUACCUCUUUAUUUCUUUCUUUUUUCUAUUUUUGGUUUGGACCAAGAUAUGUUAGAUUGCAAACAUAAGUUGUGUAAGUCCCUGUAUGUCUGUCUAUUUAACUGUGUGCCGUAGUUUCUGUUGUAAA